AUGGGACCCAGGGUUUCUCACCUCCACCGGCGCCAAAGGAGUGCUGUUGCCCGGCUCGCGGGUGCCCUAACGUCUUUCCGAGGCCCACGCGCAGUUUUCCUCGGCUCUCAGGCCUACCCACUAGCGGCCAUGCGCCGCGGCUGGCUUUAUGAUGAUAAUAUUUUUCCUAGUGAAGUCUGGCGUAUGAAAGGCGAGUCUGAUGUGAAUGCUACACAGGGAGAAAAUGAGCCAGAUCUAGAGGAUCUGAAGAUCAAAUUAAUGCUGGGAAUCUCGUUGAUGACCCUCCUCCUCUUUGUGGUCCUCUUGGCAUUCUGUAGUGCUACACUGUACAAACUGAGGCAUCUGAGUUAUAAAAGUUGUGAGAGUCAAUACUCCGUCAACCCAGAGCUGGCCACGAUGUCUUACUUUCAUCCAUCAGAAGGUGUUUCAGAUACAUCCUUUUCCAAGAGUGCAGAGAGCAGCACAUUUUUGGGUACCACUUCUUCAGAUAUGAGAAGAUCAGGCACAAGAAUAUCAGAAUCUAAGAUAAUGACAGAUAUCAUUUCCAUAGGCUCAGAUGAUGAGAUGCAUGUAAACGAUGAGUCAGUUACCCGGUGAAGAAAUCGAGGAACCCGGUGAAGAAAUCAUACUGAUGAAUAAAUAACUUUGAUUAUUUUGUCAUCAAAA